AUGGAAUCGUCCAAGCUGCUCCAGCUUCCGGAAGAGCUGUUCCUGCUGUGGCAUUCUCAUCGCACCGAAAUCUUGCUUACGGCGGGCGUACUGCUGGCCCUGGUGCGAUUAUCCGUCCACUGGAGAAGUCGAAAGGUCGAGGCUGUCCUGACUCCUACUUUGGGCACGCCCAUUGAAGAGCAGCCUUCAAUAGCAGGUCAGCUGCCUGAGAGUGAAGGAAAGCCGACGUCAAAUGCAGCGAAAACGAAAGGUCCACGCCGAGUUCAGGGAAUUAAAACAGCCAGGAAGCGAAGUGACGGCCCUGCGAUACAGAGAAUACAGCCUUAUGUCUUCUACUUCUCUCUGGGCGGCUCCACUCGAUCAUAUGCCGAGAGACUGGUUGGAUCGGUUGUUGAUCAGGUAAAUGCGUCUCGCAUGCUCAAGCCAGUACUUCAUGACCUCGCAGAGAUCGAUUACGAUGACUUCUUCGUUUCUCCACCCAAGGCGGCAGACUCGAGUACCGCGAACUUCUACCUCAUCCUCAUACCGUCUUACAACAUCGAUACCGAGCUUUCCAACUUCCUCUCGCACCUCGAGGAGACGCAUCACGACUUCCGAAUCGACACGGCUCCAUUGUCAGGCCUUGCUGGUUACAGUGUAUUUGGGCUCGGAGACCAGCAAGAGUGGCCCACAGAACAAGAAGGAUACUGCUCACAGGCGAUUGAGGUGGACAAAUGGUUGGCCAGACUGACGGGUCGAAGAAGAGCGUUUCCUCUGGGCAUCGGAGAUGUGAAGGGCGAUGAGCUGGACUCGAGAUUGGACGAUUGGCAAGCCGGUGUGGUGAGUGUUAUGAACGAUUUGAGUUUGGGUAAAGGGCUGGGUGAAGGUGUACCGGGCAGUGGGGAUCCUGCCGAGAGUGGAGAUGAGGACGAUUUUAAUCAGGAUGAAGAUGAAGAGGUCAUGACUACUAAACCACAACGUAAAAUCCUAAGGGCAAGGACUGGUGAUCUGGAAGAUCUCAAAGCACCCAUCCCGGUCGAUUUUACCACCACGUCUACCAAAACCGGUAGACUGCAGAUUCCGAAAGAGAUGGUACCGAAGACCUCUCCUACGUACACGAACCUCACCAAACAAGGCUACACCAUCGUCGGCUCGCAUUCCGGCGUCAAGAUCUGCCGGUGGACCAAAUCAGCUCUUCGUGGCCGUGGGAGCUGUUACAAAUUCUCCUUUUAUGGCAUCUCAUCCCAUCUCUGCAUGGAAGCGACUCCAUCCUUGAGCUGCAGCAACAAGUGCGUAUUUUGCUGGCGACACGGCAGUAACCCGGUCGGCACGACAUGGAGAUGGCAAGUCGAUCCUCCAGAGCUCAUAUUCGAUGGAAUGAAGGAAGGCCACUAUCAGAAAAUAAAGAUGAUGCGUGGUGUGCCUGGGGUGAGGAGCGAGCGUUUCUCAGAGGCCAUGCGAAUAAGGCAUUGCGCCUUGAGCUUGGUUGGCGAGCCGAUCUUCUAUCCUCAUAUCAAUGAGCUACUGGCAAUGCUGCACAAGGAGCAUAUCUCCUCUUUUCUGGUCUGCAAUGCCCAGCAUCCAGAUCAGCUUGCCGCUUUGGGUCCCGUCACCCAACUGUACGUGUCUAUUGACGCAUCGAACAAGGACAGUCUGAGGCGCAUUGACAGGCCUCUUCAUCGUGACUUCUGGGAGCGUUUCACUCGGUGCAUGGACAUCUUGCGUGAGAAACGCUUCACACACCGCACAGUCUUCCGCCUGACUCUAGUGAAAGGCUUCAACGUCGAAGAGGAGGCUUCAGGCUACGCAGACCUUGUGGAACGUGCCCUACCAGCUUUCGUCGAAGUGAAGGGCGUGACGUACUGCGGCACCUCUACCGCUGCCGGAGCUGGACUGAGCAUGCAGAAUGUGCCCUUUUACGAGGAAGUCAAAACUUUCGUUCUCGCGCUCGAAGCUGAACUCAAUCGUCGCGGAUUGGAGUAUGGUAUUGGUGCCGAACAUGCUCAUUCUUGCUGUAUCCUGCUUGCGGACAAGAACCGGUUCUAUCGGAGGAAUGUAGAUGGCAUCCAGAGAUGGCAUACUCUGAUCGAUUACCCAAAGUUUUUUGAAUGUGUUGACAGCGGCAAGCCUUUCGGACCAGAAGAUUAUGUUGGUGCUCCCACUCCCGAAUGGGCUCUUUGGGGUAACGGGGGCUUCGACCCACGAGACGAGAGAGUCGAUCGCAAGGGGCGCAAGAAAGAAAUAGCGUGA